GCUUUUAAUGUGGAUUAUAUUUCAGCAAAUUUCUAUGCACUCUUUUAAAAACGGCAAACCGAUCGAAUAAUCUGAAAGAGAAUGCGGGGUGUACGAGUGUGAAUAAAUAAAUUGUUAUUUGGAUACACAAAAGUGAUAAAUUAUUGACAUAUUGUUUAAGAAAUAUUUUGAAGUGCUUUGGAAAUAAUAGAAAUUUGUGCUCUGAACGCAAGGCUCUUUUUUUUAUAUUUUCUGCAGUUGAAAGAAGGGUGAAAAGUAAGCGGAAAAUGGUUGAUUAUUACAAAGUGCUGGACAUAUCGCGAGAUGCGACAGAAAGCGAAGUGAAGAAAGCUUAUAAAAAAUUGGCACUGAAGUGGCAUCCUGAUAAAAAUCCUGACAAUUUAGAUGAAGCAAAUACGCGAUUUAGAGAACUAUCUGAAGCCUACGAGGUUUUGUCGGAUGCACGUAGACGGAAAAUUUAUGAUACACGUGCGACGCUACAGAAGGAAGCUUCAACAUACAACUAUGCCAAAGGCAGUGGAUAUACGGGCGGCAGUGGUUAUAGAUACCGAACCCGUGCUGAUCCUAAACGCGACUACAAUUACAACUAUAAAGAUGACGAACACUGCAGACAUGAUAAUAAUUCAAAUAAACAUGGGAACCGAUAUCACUCCUUUACUUUUCGCAAUUUAUUUGAAUGGACACCAUUCCAUAAAUUAUUUGAAAAAAAGCGUCGUCUUUACGACCAAUAUGGUAAAGAGGGGCUGUUGGGUGAUCGGGGUCAUCAUCGAUCUUCACGGCACCAUCAUACGCAUGACUACGAUGACUUCGACAUAAUGGGUGGUUUCCCAUUUGUGUUUCGGCCACCAGAGGAAGUUUUCCGCGAAUUUUUCGGUGUAAAUUCACCGUUCGCUGAUUUAUUUAGAGAUGUACAUGGUUACCCUCAGUCGAACAGACACAAUAACGGGCUUAGCACCAGUGGACGUCAACAUGUCGGCACUAAAUUGGCCUCACCAUUUGGAGCGCCAAUGCUGAACUACUCUAUGAUGGAUUUUAUGAUGCCGUCCAAUGGAUUUACUUCAUUCAGCUCAUUCAAUUCAGUUCCAAAUGGACGGGGUGGUGCGGCAAAUGGCGCCGUCCGACGCACAUCAACUUCAACGACAUUCGUUAACGGCAAAAAAUUAAUGACUAAACGAGUCUAUGAAAAUGGAAAGGAGACUGUAUUUUCAUACGAAAACGAUGUCCUGAAAUCAAAGACUGUGAAUGGAGUUACACAGAAACUCUCUUCAAUUACAAAUUAAGGAAAGUCAUAAACUUUACAGAAAGAAUAAAAGAGAAAAAUCAAUCAAAAUUAUGCCACGUGUAACUCUUCUCCCUAAGUCUAGGAUUUUCCACUACCAUAGAUCAGUUAAUUUCGUUAUUAUUUUUUUACGAAUAUCUAUAAUGAUAAUGUAUGUAAACAUAUAAAUUAAUUAGUAAUUAAUGAAGAGAAUGAAUUUGAUGAUUCUCCUCUAUUUUACGUUUAUUUUUAUUAUUUAUAAGAGUCAGUAUAAAUGAGAGGUAUAAUUUUAAAGAGAUAUGAAUUGAGGACAUUUUCAUUCAUAUUUGAUAGAAAGGAUUAAAUCUCUUAAAAUUAUGGAAUGCCAGCUUAAAUUUUUUUUUUACCACAUACCCGAGAAUGAUUCACCCUGUAACUAAAUUUCAAAUAUAUAUAUAAAUUUGAUUAUAAAUUAAAUGAAUAGAAGAUCUGAAGUCAAAACUGAAGUGAAUAAAAACCCAAAACCAUCAAUAAAGUGGAUUAUUAAAAAAUAGCAAUGUAGAGAAAUUUAAUUAUUUUACCAGAAAAGUACUUUGUUCAUUUAUUUGUCAUUUAAUUGUAGAAACUUAUAUUUUGAUAUAUAAAUGACAAAUGAAAUGUGAUACAUGCCUACAUUUCGUAAAUGAUCAAAUAGAUUGACAUUAGGCAAUCGCCAAUAGCUAAAAGAAGUCGGAUGAAUUAUGUUUAUUAACAAAUUUAUUUAUUAAUCAUAAAGUGUAUUUUUAUCUUUUACCUCAAAAUAAAAAAAUCAUCAAAAUUAGUAUACUCCGAAUUAUUAAAAAAGACCAACAGGCAUGUUAAUUUAUAUAACUAAUCCGGAAAAGGCCGCUGCUGUAUGCUCUUGAAUUAUUUCGAUGAUGGUUCAUACUAGACAUCCUUAUGAUGCCAGAUAUGAAUAAUUUUCUAUUCUUUGUAUACAUGGGCAAAUUAUAAAAAUCAAAUUAAGAAGUAUGGAAGUCAUAUGGCAAAAAUUGUGAAUGUAAUGAUUUUGAAUGUGAAAGGGUAAAUAGUUUCAUAAUAUCUAGAAGGUAGUGAAUUAUAUAUCUAACAAGUUAAUAAAAGUAAAGAGAUUUACUUCAGCUCCAGAUUUUUAAGUAUAAUAUAUAUGAUUUAAGUAUCAAAGAAGGGUAUACAAUUUAGAAAUAAACACGAAAACAUGAAAACAUUUGCAUUCUAUUUCUUUUGGAAAUCUAUGAAAAUUAAAAUUUUUUAAUAUAUGAUAUUGUUGCAGGACUUUAUGUAAAAGUUGCAAAAUUUUCACAAAGAUGUAUUCAGUACGUGAAUAAAUGUUGAAAUAAAUUACUUUUACGAUGAAAACAUA